ACCCGGAACAAGUUGCACCACCUCAUAAAGUGGAAUAAGUUGCCCCCACCGGUGUCAUUUUGUUCUGGAACAAAUUGCAUUUACGGUAGCUGGGCAUUGGGGCAACUUGUUCCAGUGCAAGUGCCCAUGUAAAAGCAGCUUUAGUACAGCUCAUAAUGCAAGCCUUUUUGUUUGGCAUGUGCAUCAGACUCUAAUUUAUCACAGUUAUUAUUUAAAGCUUUUUACUCUACUGCCUCAGAAUGACUUUGGCCUAAAUGAAGAAGAUUAACAGCCUGCUGAGAGGAUUCCUAACCAGAGGCUGGAAUGGAAGAACCAAAUGAUAGCUGCUGUCAAAAGCCCUCCCCUUCUGCCCACAAAACAAUAUUGACAAACGAGUGUGGGGCGCUUGUCCCAGGAGUGGCAUGUCAGUCUUUUAUUGCCAGUUAGCCUGGCCCUGCUGAACAAUCUGUAGACAGAAGCCUGACCAUGCUUAAAGCGCUGGAGUAAUGGCUGCUUCUUACUGCGACUGCACCUCAUCCUAUACCUGCCAGAGACAACUAAACGAAUGCAGAAUAUCCCAACAGUCCUUGGCAAGUACAUUAGAGAGUGCUGGGAGGAUGUUCCUGUGGGCUGGAACCAAAGGACCUCAGGGAUCAGGAAAUGAAAGAAGGACCAUUUAUCAGAAGAUCAGAGAAUAUGACAUUCUGGACAAGAGGAAGACUGUGACAGCACUGAAAGCAGGAGAAGACAGAGCUAUUCUCCUUGGCCUUAGCAUGAUCUUCUUUUCUAUCAUGAUGUACUUUGUCCUGGGCAUUACAAUGGUGCGGUCAUAUUCAGACAGUGUGUGGACAGAGGAGUCAAGCUGCACCGUGCUAAAUUCAACUAUUAUUGGGGAGAUUAACUGUAGCUACAGCUGUGGUGCAGAGUGCUGGAAGAGUUCCAGAUACCCAUGCCUGCAGGUGUACGUCAGCCUGAACUCAUCAGGACGAAUACUGAGACUGUCCCACAAUGAGGAAGCCCAGGAGGCCAAUCCUGUGUGUUUCUUUGUCCCUAAGUGCCGUAAAGAUCACUCAAUGAUGCAUGCCUUGGUAGUGAACAUCUCCGAGCGCCUGAAGGCCCAGCAGCAGGUGCGUUGUUACACAGACCCAGCAGAGCAGCAGGACAGCGCCAUCCUUACACGCCUCUAUGGUCGUGCCGCCAUUCUCUCAUCGCUGCUGUGGCCCACGUGCACUCUUGUGAUUGGUGUGCUCAUUGUUGCCAUGGUCAAACUCACACAAUACCUAUCCAUCCUCUGUGAGCGGAUAAGCCGCAUUAAGAGGACUGGUCUCUCUUCACUUGCAUCUGCCUCACACUCCACAGAGGGCAGCAAAACGUGCAGCAAAGCCAUGCUGGAUGGGAUUUGAAUGGAAAAGGGUCCAAACAGGAAUGAUGGACAGAUUCUUGGUCUGAACCCGGUUUUCUACACCUCUAUAAGCAGCACAAUCUUUUAAGAAACAGAGAGACUAAUGGCCAAUGGUAUUUGAUGUGCCUCUAUCCUCCUGUCAACUUUGCUAAUCAAUCCAUGUUGUGUUGACAAGGACAGACAUUUGUCUUGGACAAUGUUGAACGUUCAGAGACUGAAAUUGGACAGCACAGGUUGGAUGAAGUCCAGCUCUCUGACCUACGAGUCAAAACAAGCGUGCAUGAUGUGGCGUGUCGAUUAUAUUCAGUUACUAGCGGAGCCUGUAUUAAACUUUUGAUGCCUGGACUUUUUCCAUGCCUGGUCUGGUGAACAUCUGAUUUGCUGGCUAGCAAAAUGUUACCCCCAGGACCACUGAACAUGAUUGACCCAUUCGUGACUCUAUUAAAAAAUUACAUUUAUGAAAGUUCAGCAGGUGCGCUGAUAAAUGACUCAAAGCAUAAAUAACACAUUAAACUUAAUAAGCAUAAAUUUGUAACCAAGUAAUAACAUGGCUGAAUGUGCAACGUCCACUUAGUUACAGACUCAUGUUCUAUUUAGUUCUGAUCAAUAUUAUUAAUUUCCACAUGAAAGCAAAUUUCACAGCUCUGCUUAUCUUCAGAAAAUCAAUAGCUUAAAUUACUAAAGCAUCAAUAAGCCCUAAUGGAGUCGUACUUUGUCCUCGAUGCCAAUUUUAGUCUGUAAUUAAUUUUUUAAUGGGUUCUAUAGUUUGUUAGUGGAAAACCAAUAAAUGUAACACAGACCAAUACUGUUUUAACCAUUUAUAUCACGGAACCUCAUUAACCUGGUUUUAUUCUUAAAUGAAUUACGGAGGUGUUACACUGAAAAUUAUGUUCUAUUUGUCACCAUCAAAGUGCCUGAGAGUUCACUUUAGAAUGUGUCUAAACUUUAGUGAACAUGUACAUUUCCUUUUGAUAAUCUGAGGACUUG